CAACCCGCCGGAUAGAAACGAAUCCGGACUACCCAAAAGGGUCCGGUUUCAACGGCCCGAAAAUUCUCUGGCAUUCCUUCUUCCCCACGUUCCACCCUCUCCCCAACUACUGCCAUGGUUUCUGCGACCUGUGAGGAAAAAUGUCCAAGCCAAACCUCAAUUUCCCUUCCAAAACUUCGCUCUCCAACCCGUUCAUGUCUCAGAACCAGCUCAUCGACUCGCUCACCUCCCACAUAUCCCUCUAUAGCUCCCACUCCAGCUUCCACUCCCCAAACCCUAAUCCUAACCCCAUCAGGUCCUCCAUUCUCAAAUGGUUCUCAUCUCUCACCGUACACCAGCGCCAAGCUCAUCUAACGGCCGUAGAUUCCAACUUCGUACGACUCCUCUUCCAAAUGCUCCGCAAAGUCCGCACCCAUGGCCGCGGCUCCUUCAUCAUCCUCCCCGACCUCCCCUCACAUGACCUCCCCGGCCUCUGCUUCAAGAAGUCACGAGGUCUCCUCUCCCGCGUUGCCGAUUCCAACGAGUCGGAACGGCUACUCUUCGACUCGACUCGGUUCUUUGCCUCCUCGGAAGGCGAAAACAUCAACGAGUGCUCUUGUUCGAUCAAGAAUGUCGACACAGUGACGGUUAGCGAGGAGUUGGUCGAGAAUUUGGAUAGGUUCGUGAAUACUAUGGAUGAAAUAUCGAAUAGGGGCUUCUUGAGAGGUGACGAGACCGAGUUGGGAUCGGAUUGGGUCGAAUUGGAGUGGUUGAAGGCGAAAGGGUACUAUACCAUGGAGGCUUUUGUGGCGAAUAGGUUGGAAGUGGCGCUGAGGCUGGCGUGGUUGAAUUGUAAUAAUGGGAGGAAAAGGGGAGUGAAGUUGAAGGAGAAGGCAAGUGCGGCAGGCGUUGCGGCCAAUGUGUUUUGGAGGAAGAAGGGCUGUGUGGAUUGGUGGGUUAAUUUGGAUACCGUGACUAGGAGGAAGAUUUUGACAGUGGCGUUGGGGAAAUCAGCAAAAGCUUUGACUCACGAGAUUCUGAAGGGUGCAACUAGUGGUUUGGAGGAUGAGAUGUGGCUUUUAAGUGCAGGCGUGGAACAUCCAGAGAGAUACAAUCAUGCUGUCACAAUGCAAAAGACUAUCCCCAGUGUCACUGCAGAGGCAGAACUUGGCUCGAUCGUUACCCCUGCUACUCUUUUGGGCAAACAUACUUCCUUAGCCAAUGCAUUUAAUAGCAUACUUGUGCUUCAGGAUAUUAUUAUGAUUAUAUUCUCAUGUCAUAGUAGUGUGUAUGAUAAAGGGAAAGUGUUUUUUAGUACAUUGGGAUCUGUUUGUACCAUUUCUGAUUGUAUAUUUAGAAAACUGCGAGGAUUUCUUAUGGUGGUUUCACUUGAUUGCACAAAACUUGAACUUCUGGGGGAGGAAAUCAAGAAGUCAUCACCUAAUAAAUCCAAUGAAAAGCUUGGUGCUGUUAGCCGUAGGAAGAAGGCGAGGACCCGCAAUAUGAAAAAGGAUGUUAAUUGUGCAAUUGCACAUGAACAGAAGGUAGAUUUGAUGGAGCCCAAAAAGAUACAUUAUAUUCCUCAGGAGAAAGAGAGUUGCAGAGAGAUGUCAACUGUUCUGGUGGAACAUGCCCGAGGAAUGGUGGUUGAAAAAGCUCAAACUUCUUCGAGGAAGAGUAAGAAAGAAAAAAACAAAAAUAAAAAACCUGGGUUUAACAAUCUUGUGCAAGUGAGAAAUUUGGAGAGAUCAGUCCAGGAAGAUUCCUCUCACUCUGUUGUUUCUCAGGGUGAGGCAGCAAAGUCUGGUCGAGCAUCAGAUAAUUCAACCGCCCAGAAUGAAAUAGUUGAUAAUCCAAUUGGCAAUAAUACCCUUGCAUCUGAUUCGAGUCUCCGUUGUGGUUUUGCUAAUGGGCCUACUAAGGAGGAUGAUGCCAUGGAAAGCAUUCAAGGAGCAUCUGAUAUUUCAACCAGUCAGAAUGCAACAGCUGAUAAUACAACUGGUAGUAAUAUCCUUCCAUCAAAUUCAAGUCUUCCUAGUAGUUCUGCUAAUGGGCAUAAUGGGGUGGAUAAUCCCGUGCAAAGCAUUCGAGGAGGUUUUAUUAAUGGUUCUAGUGAUAGUUUAUGUUGUAUCAAUCCAGAGUGUUAUAACUUACCUAACAAUAGGCUUGCAAAUCAAAGUAUAUCUUCCAGAAUUGAAACCCUAAUUUGUAAUACAGAGCCUCCUACUAUGCCUGCAUUGGAGGUUGAUACUGUUCUCAACAAUGGAGAUAUCGAUUCUCAGAAUUGUGCAAAUAGAUGUGAAACUAAUGUGAAACUAACUUUUCCUGACAAACCAAUCCGACCUUUUGAUGUGAAAGAGGAGUCUUUUCGGGUUAGAGAUUCAGGGAGUGUAAAUACAUAUGAUACUGGACCGUCAAAUUCUUCAGAGCGCCCUUCAAAUGAGUGGCCCAUUGUAGCUCCCUUUUAUUUUCCCUCUUUCAACUCACAUCUCCCAGCUGCCACCGAUCGAUUGCAUCUGGAUGUUGGUCGGAACUGGCAUAAUCACUUCCAACAAUCAUUCAUACCCACAAUGCAUCAUGCGAGAAACUCUCCAAUUGAAGGUGGGUGUAACCCAGUUCUGUCUCGACCAUUACCAAUGAGUUUAGAUUGGCCGCCAGUGGUUCGAAGUGCUUGUGGACUGGCUCCAUCAGUAACUUGUAAUUAUGAGUCUGGAUUUAUCCCAAGGCUGCAGUCUACGUAUCCACAAGGUUUCACCCCUCACAACCUGCGGCUUAAUGCAAUGUCCAUAGAUGAUGAAAGGAAGUAUUCUGGGGAUGUCACAGACUUGGUAACGAAUACACAGGAACUAGCAGACGAAUGUGAUAGCCACUGCAUAUCAGAGGAGGAUGUUGAGGUGCAUGCUGUUUCUGGGAUGGAUUAUAAUCAAUACUUUGGCGGAGGUGUGAUGUACUGGAAUCCUUCUGAUCUUCCAGGGACAGGUUUCUCUCGACCUCCUUCACUAAGUUCUGAUGAUAGCUCAUGGGCUUGGCGUGAGGCUGAUAUGAUUAGGGCUGUUGAUGACAUGGUUGCAUAUUCUUCUUCGUAUAGUACGAACGGCUUGACCUCACCAACUGCAGCUUCAUUUGGUUCUCCUUUUGAUCCUUUGGGUCCUGGUGCUCUUGGCUAUGUAAUGCCGGGAAGUGAAGUACCUGGCAAGAUGUUGCAUCCCUCUUCAGCAUUGGCAGACACGACAGCAGAGGAGGAACCUACUGGUUCUUUGUCCAAUUUACCCAUUGAUGUUGAAGGGAAGACAGGAGAUUCACUUCCUUACCCCAUUCUGCGGCCAAUCAUCAUUCCCCACAUGUCUAGAGAAAGAUCAAGGUCCGAGUUUAAGCGUAAUCCUGAUCACAAAAGCCCAUGUGUUCCUCCUGCGAGGCGGGAGCAACCUCGGAUAAAGCGACCGCCAUCACCUGUAGUGCUUUGUGUUCCAAGGGCUCCACGUCCACCACCACCCUCUCCUGUGAGUGACUCCAGAAAACAAAGGGGUUUCCCAACUGUUAGAUCUGGUAGUUCGAGCCCAAGGCAUUGGGGUGUUAGAGGCUGGUACCAUGAUGGAAAUAACCUUGAUGAUGCUUGUUUGCGCAUGGAUGGCGCUGAAGUUGUUUGGCCUACUUGGAGAAAUAACAAUCUUGCAGCUCAUCCAAUGAUUCAGCCUCUACCUGCAACUUUGCUGCAAGAUCGGCUGAUUGCAAUAUCACAGCUGGCUCGUGAUCAGGAACAUCCAGAUAUUGCAUUUCCCUUGCAACCCCCAGAGUUACAGAGCUGUCCUACACAGAGGGCCUCUCUUUCUUUGAUGCACAGCCUCCUUCAUGAUGAGAUUGACUCAUUCUGCAAGCAGGUUGCCGCUGCAAAUAUGGCCAGGAAGCCCUACAUCAAUUGGGCCAUCAAGCGGGUUACACGAUCUCUCCAAGUUCUAUGGCCAAGGUCCCGGACAAAUGUAUUUGGUUCAAAUGCAACUGGUUUGUCCCUGCCAACGAGUGAUGUGGACCUCGUGGUUUGUCUCCCUCCAGUGAGGAACCUGGAACCUAUUAAAGAAGCCGGGAUAUUGGAAGGACGUAAUGGCAUUAAAGAAACUUGCCUUCAGCAUGCAGCCAGGUAUCUUGCAAACCAGGAGUGGGUAAAAAAUGACUCUCUUAAGGCUGUGGAAAAUACAGCUAUACCUAUCAUUAUGCUUGCGGUGGAAGUUCCUCAUGAUCUUGUUACCUCUUCUACCUCUAAUGCACAAUCACCUAAGGAGACGACUCAUGUAACUGGUGAACAAGGCAAUGAUGCUCAUUCUGAUGCGGUUGUUUUUGAAGAUUCUGCUCCUUCUAGUACUAGAUGCAUACAGACAGAUCAUGUUACUAAUAAUGAUUCAAAAUCAGUUCGUCUUGACAUCAGUUUUAGGUCACCAUCACAUACAGGACUCCAAACUACAGAACUGGUUAAAGAGCUGACUGAUCAGUUUCCAGCUGCUACACCCCUUGCUUUGGUACUGAAACAGUUCUUGGCAGAUCGUAGCCUGGACCAGUCAUAUUCUGGUGGUUUAAGUUCCUACUGUUUGGUGUUACUGAUUAUACGUUUUCUUCAGCAUGAGCAUCAUCUUGGCCGGCCUAUUAACCAUAAAUUUGGAAGUCUUCUGAUGGAUUUUCUAUAUUUCUUUGGCAAUGUGUUUGAUCCUCGCCAAAUGCGUAUUUCGGUUCAGGGGAGUGGAGUUUAUAUGAAAAGGGAAAGAGGUUGCAGCAUUGAUCCAAUACACAUUGAUGAUCCUCUAUUUCCAACAAAUAAUGUGGGGAGAAAUUGUUUUAGGAUACAUCAGUGUAUUAAGGCAUUUUCAGAAGCCUAUUCUGUCUUGGAGAAUGAGCUUACAUGCAUUCCUGAUUAUGGUGAUGCAUGUUCGAUGCCGCCAUGUAGAUUGCUUCCAAAAAUCAUCCCUAGUAUUGAUCUUGUAUAGGGAUUCUCACUAGCUGGAGAGUCAUGAUUGGAAGGGUGUAUAUGUGGUAGAAAACAUGAAAAAGUGAUGACUACUACUGUUUAUUGUUCGGACAUCAAUGGUGACUUGAUGAUAUCUUCAUUGAAUUUAUUUACUCUUUCUGGGUACCAAGAGGAUUGCUUGUUAAGUAUUGUCUUAUGCCGUCAGAGUGUUGUCAGAGGAAUGUCACAUGAAAGAGCGCUUUUCAAUUUCCCUUUUAGUCAAGGAAAGAUGGAGAACAAAGAAUAAAAAACUCAGGAAUUAACAAAUAUGGGAUUCUCUACCAAAGCCACGAGUUGAAACUUGGAGAUAGUCGGCAGGACUGCUUCCAUGUUUAGCAAGGUUGAACUUGUUGCUUAGUGCUGCCAUCAUAUUCCUCAAAAGUUUUAGCUACAGCAAACUCAAGGGGUUGGCUCAGCUGGUAAGAGCCUUGGUCUUGGUGGUGUGCUCCCUCCACCUCAAAUGUUCGAAAGCUCUUGGGUGCAAACAAUUUCUAGGGGCAUCGGAUUGGGGGAAUUUUCCCUUAUAUUACCUGAGGUGCAUGUUAAAAGCUGCCGAUGCUGAUGACACCUUAGCCCCACCCAUUGCUUAUACAUGAUUGCACUGGUGUUGACUCUGGCAUCAAAGAACAGCUGUUACAUGUACUCCACCUUCCAAGUUCAUAGUGCUGUUCUGGACUAAUCAUCACCACUACCACCACGGCUUCUACAGAUGAAGUUAAGGUGCUGUUGUUAAAGAGGGCAGUGUUGAGUAUGUCGUGGACCAGAGAGAGGGCUCGACUGUUUAUAUGGAUGAAGUCUGAAGAACAAGUUGGAUGGAACAUUAGUAUUUGACAAUUUUGAGAUCUUGAUUUACCUAUCAUUGGCUUUCUAAAUCAAUCCAGAGCAUGGAAUGUUGUUAAUGAUGAUGAAUCAGCAGAUUCAAAUCAAUACAGACUGGAAUGCAGCAGAUUCAAAUGAAUGCAGCAUGGAAUGUGGUCAUCACUGCUUAGAAUUCUUGGAACCUCUACCAGUUUUUUGGAAGCCAAUGUGAUUGUCAACUUAUUGAUUUUAGAUCUUUUCUUCAUAAUAUGAGAAAUGGAGAGUAGGUUUAUUUAUUUUCAAGUACCAAAUCCCAUUGUAUGAAAGUGGGAAAUCUAUGGGGUGUUGGCACA